AGGCCCCCGAGCAAGGGGCUGAAGCAUCUCAGCUCUGCCUGCUCCUCAGUCUGCCUGGUCGCCCUGCCCCAUCGCUGGCUAGAAUGACCCUCCGCGUCCUGCUGCUGCUGGCGGCUGCCCUGUGCAUCUGCAAGGCCCAAGGGAGUGAGAACCAGGCGUCUGACUGCUGCCUGAGCCACAAGACUAACCGCAUCCCGCACCGUCUCCUCUCCGCCUACAGGAUCCAGAGUCCGGAGACAGGCUGCCGGCUCCCAGCUAUUGUGUUCAUCACCAAGAAGAACAGGAAUCUCUGUGCCCCGCCCAAUGCUCCCUGGGCCCUUGGCCUGAUGAAGAAACUGGAUGGGAAAAAAGGACAAAGCACAGUGGUCCGCACUGAGAAACAGUCCCACGCCAAGGGAGCCAAGCACCGGAAGCAGAGGAAGCCCAAGAACUAAGAGGGCACCGGCCGUCUCCGCCCCGGCGCCUGCCUGCCUGCUCCGCUGACCUCCGCAGAGCCCCUUGGCUGCAAGCGAAGGAGACCUGGCUGAUGCCUGCCCUGGGUGUGGAGGGCUUGGCUGGGGCGGUGGGUGAUUUCCCCUGGAGAUGCUGCACCUCUUGACCGCGUGCUGCCUCCUGCUAAGCAUCUGUCAUGCUGUGACUCCCUCCCGUGGCUCCUGGCCAACCUCGUAUCUAUGGUGUGAUCCCCCCCACUUUGCAUAAAAGCCAGUAAUUAGUGAGGCUGCUGCGGCUGGAUGCGCCUUUCCCCAGGGCCAGCUCCAGCCAGGUUGAAGGGAGCACGUGCCCUGACUGUGUGGGCUAUUGGUCGCCCCUAAGUAUACCUGGAAGCCUGCAAUCCCUGCUCCCCUUACGCCGCCUAGGCUCCAGCACCGUGGGCAGGGCCAGUACCUCUCCCAGAGGGAGAGAUGUUUGCCCACAGAGCCUCCAGACAAAGCUUUGGUUAAAGUCCCAUGCAGCUCCAUGGUUGUAAUAAAAAGAUACGCAGGGCUUGGUAAUGCCCACACAGAUGGCAGGCUGGCUGGACUAGCACGUCCUUCUUGCUUCUCUCAAGCGCACUUAGCUGGUUCGAUUGCUUUAUUAGCUGGCUCUUUCAGACUGUAGUAAGAAACUGUGACGUCCUAGCUGCUGCAGGACAUGCUAUGCAGGAGCUGUGCCCUGCCCAACGCGCUGUGCCCUCGCCUCGCCGGGAACGCACAGCCGACCACCAGACUGAGUUCAAGUCAAUAAAAAUGAUUUAAC